CACGCGACACCUCCAUCCCCUUUUCUCCGUGCCGCUGGCGCCCGGCGGCCCUGCAGAGGCUGCGCCGGGCGGCUUCGCGGGACCAUGGCCGAGCAGCGACAGGACAAGGCCCCGCUGAUAAGCGAGACCCGACGUCGUUUCGAGGCGGAGUACCUGGCAGAUAAAUCGGACAAAUACGAUUCUAGAGAUGUGGAAAGACUUCAGCAAGAUGAUAAAUGGGUUGAAAAUUAUCUGAUCUGGCGUCAUGAUGUUGUGGAUGAUACAUUAAAGAUGAUUGAUGAAAGCUUUCAGUGGAGGAAAGAAUAUACAGUGAAUGACUUGGCAGAAUCUGUCCUUCCAAAAUGGUUGUUUGAAAGUGGUGCUAUCUUUCUGCAUGGAUAUGAUAAAGAAGGCUAUAAGUUAUUUUGGUUCAGAGUGAAGUAUCAUAUAAAAGAUCCUAAACAGCAACUUGAGAAAAAGAAACUAGUAGCUUUUUGGUUAGAACAUUAUGCCAAGAGAGAUCAUGGAAAACCCUUGACAGUGGUAUUUGACAUGGCUGAAACUGGAAUCAGUCACAUAGACUUGGAUUUUGUUCGAUUUAUUGUCAACUGUUUUACAGAUUAUUACCCAAACUUUCUUACAAAAAUAGUGAUCUUUGAAAUGCCAUGGAUAAUGAAUGCUGCUUUUAAAAUUGUGAAGGGUUGGCUUGGCCCAGAUGCAAUAAGCAUGUUAAAGUUCACGAACAAGGGUGAUGUACAGGAAUACAUCAGUGGAGAGUAUCUGCCACCUCACAUGGGUGGAACUGAUUCUUUCAAGUACAGUUAUCCUCCAUUGGUUGAUGAUGACUUUCAAACUCCCUUGUGUGAAAAUGGGCCCAUUACUAGUGAAGAUGAACACGAAAGUAAAGAAGAGAUAGAUGCAGACACCAAAGAGACUGGGGAAAUGAAUGAAGAACAAAACCUCAAUCAGAAAAAGAUGAAUUCUGUAGAACAAAUUUCUAAAACAGAGGAAACUGACAAAACAGAGAGCAAACCAAAAAAUGCAAAGAAAGCAUUAACCACUUUUAAAGGACCAUUAUUACAUAUCAGCCCAGCAGAAGAGCUGUAUUUUGGAUCCAAAGAAACUGGAGAGAAAAAAUGUUUGAUAGUUCUGACAAAUGUCACUAAAAAUAUAGUGGCUUUUAAGGUGAGAACAACUGCUCCUGAAAAAUACAGAGUUAAACCCAGCAACAGCAGCUGUGAACCUGGCACGUCAUUGGAUAUAAUAGUCUCUCUUCAUGGUGGUUUUGCAGCUUCUCUGCAGGACCGUUUCCUUAUAAUGGCAGCAGAAAUGGACCAAUCUUCCGGAGCGGGUGGACCAGAACUGACUCAGUUUUGGAAAGAAGUCCCUAGGACCAAAGUGAUGGAACAUAGACUCAGGUGUCAUGUUGUGGAAAGUAAUAAGCCUUCUUCUCUGACAUUAAAAGAGAAUGCAUUUAAUAAUCCAGCAAAAACCAAUGAAGAUUUACAUAUACAGCUAACUCGUUUACUACAAAUUAAUAAAAGACUUCAAGAGCAGAUUGAUCGCUGCCUCUGGUUCCAGCAGUUGUCAGUUGUUUUAUCAUUACUGUCGGUCACUGUUGUUGCCUUGUGCUUCUACCUGACGUAUACCCAGGGAAGCUAAAAAGAGCUGCUGUGCACUAGAUAUGCUGCCUAUCAUGUUUGGUGGGAAUGGAAGAUAUUGCAAUGCUGCACUUGGAUUCUGGAACUGCCAAAAUGAGGUUUGUGAGCCCACAACAAUGAAUGAUGACACAAUUUACUUAAAAAAAGAAGAAAUGAAGAAAUGAAUGACUAGCAAAGGAAAUGACUGAAAGCUGACACUCUGAACAGGGCAUAGGGAAGAUGUUAGAGCUAGGGCCUGUUCUCACUGUACAGCUCAAUGAAUACUACUGAACUUGAAGGAGGAAACCAAAUACAACAUUAUUUAAAGCAAGUUUAGGGUUUUUUCCACUAUUCAACUACUUCAAACACAGUAUUUAAUUUAUUUUCAUCAUAUUCUUUCUUACAUUCAGAAUUACUCUUACUCUCAUAGAAGGUACAAGCAGUCAGCCUAGUGUGCUCUAAAGGUUAAUGUGUUCGUUCAGGAAAAUUUACAGAGGUUAUGUAGUACAGGCAGAUUUGGUUUUAAUAUAAUUAUGUACAAGCAUACAUAAAGGAAGUUAUUUGUUGUUAGUAAUUAUUUUGGUAGUUCAGGCUUGUGGAUUUCAUUGGUUAAAUUCCUUAUUUUUGUAGGCUUUUUUUCUGUAUGCAAAGUUAUUGUAAAUAUUCCCUACUAAAUACACAGCCAUAUUGACCAGGAAUACAAAACACUUGUUUGAUUCCAAAGAUACUGGUGAAAUAAUCACAAUGAGACACAAUUCCUAUUCUUUUACAUUUUUUCUGGAAACCAACUCAAAGGAGUGUGAGUUGACUUUUGAUGAUUUGUUAUUGGUUCAUAAAAAGACUAAGAAGUAGUCAACGUACAAACUUAACCUGAGAGGUGCAAUAUGCUUAAAUUACAGGUGAAUUUAUGAAAAAAGUGAAGGAAGAUGAAAAAAGGAAGAUUAAAUGUUGUUGAAGGCAACAUAAAAAUGUUAAAUCUGCCAUUUCUCAAACUGUUGAGGAAAUGGUGUAUGAAACUAAUGAGAAUUUAUGCCCACGAGGAUUCUUUGUAUUCAGUGCUGUAAAUAUGUAUAUUAAAAUUAUAAACAGUUUGAAGGAGACUGAUGGUAUCUUUAAUACAUUUAAAACUUUCACUCUUGAUGAGGUCUGAAAAUUUAGAAGAAUUUCUUUACUAGAAUUAAUUUUUGCCACAAAUUGGCUUUGUAACAGAUCAUUUAGUUUGGUCUGUUUACUUCAAUAGAUGAGAGCAUUGAGGAAAAAUAAAGGUCGUGCCCAGCUUCAAUCUCAUUGCUUAAAUAUCUCACCAGAGUGGUUUAGAUGUAGCAUGAUUUCUAGGAAAUAGAAAAGAGCAGUUUAAAAAAAAAGCCAUUGAUAAACCGAUUAACUAAUAAAGCAGCAAUGUGAUCACUAAAGAAAUUACCAUGUAGAAAGGAAGUCUGUAGAACUGUAUGGUGAAUCUUUUGUCCUUUCUUAAUUUAUACAAUAUUUUACCAUAUCUACAUUCUCUUGUUUUUUUUUCACUAAUCGAAUUUGUUCAGUUUGCAUCUGUUCAGUGUUUUGUUUCCUUAGCUGGUCACUUAUAUCAUUGACUGCUUAUUAUGAAGCUGUAACUUAGGUUGUUUUCAUGUGCAUGCAACUCAAAUGCUUUGCUUCUGAGAAAAUGGGUUGUUGUCCUGUUGAGACAGGUAACGAAGUGAUUUGUAACCUUAAAAAUAACCAUGCUAUUAAAAUGCCAAUUCCUUAAUUUGAGUGAAUAGCACUUUACCGUAAAAUUGCCAGAAAUAUAUUCUUAGAGUCUUUGCCAAUAUGAAUAUUUUAAUGUUUUGGUGCUUUCAUAUAUAUUUGGUAUUUUAUUACUACAUUGGUAUUUUCUUUGUAUGAUGAAUCAGAUGGACAUCUUUUCUAUUUUAAUAUGUUUUAGAAAAAUACAGUUACAAAAUAAAUAUGAGGAAAUAUGUA